UUAUUAUUUCCGAAGGAUCGACACCGGCCAACAUGCAUCUCUGUGCAGGAGUGAUAUUACUGCUAGUCCCCUGUGUGGUGCUGUCCGUAGACAGACAGAAGGUGUUUGGGAAUCUGCAUGAGUCGGCGUCUCUCCCCUGUACUGUGCAGUGCUCUGGUGAACUGACCUGGACCAGGUUUCAGAAGCAGGACGAUGUUCUGGUCAGGUGUAGCAGCGUCUCGUGCUGGUCUAAAGACGGGUUUAUUCUCUCUUAUGAACAGUACCUGAAGGGGAAUUCCUCCCUGACCAUGCUGAAAGCUGAUUACAGCCUUCGAGGACUCUACAUGGCCAAGUGUGUCUCUGAGACCGUCUGUGAAGUCGUCUUUACAUUGUCCCCUCUAGAGAUGACCCGUGUGAUUGCCCCAGGUGAACCCAUAGACGUGCUCUUACCCCUCACUGACCUGGUGGAGGUGAGUUUUACUCCGAGUGAUGCUGUACAACCAUCAAACCUGCAGAUCUGCACCGUGGAGAAUGAGAAGAUCCAGUGCAGUCCAGAUUAUAAAGAGAGAGCGUCUCUCCUCAACACUCUUCAGAUUAAAGAUGGAGACGUCUCUGACAGUGGGAACUACACAAUACAGGAUUUAGUGAAUGAUGAGACUUUAGCCAUCGUAACGGUCCAUAUGAGAGAUGAACCCGUGUCCCAGACUCGCUCUCGAGGACGACGCAGUGCUCCUGAGCCGUGUCCAGACAUCAAGCAGCAGGAAGGUGUUCCAGUGUGGGUGGUUGUACUGAUGGUACUGCUUGUAUCUGUGCUUGUGGUUGGAUCUGUGAUGUAUGUGCGUCUGAGGAGAGAAGUUCAGCAGCUCCGUGAGAAUGCUGAGAACAACGGACUCCCUCUCCUCCAGCAGGAUGGAAAUGGUAACCAUCCAGGAGAAGAGCCGAAUUAAAAAGAACCCUUAGGCCAGGUCCAGAGUGUAUGAUAAGAUAAUUAAUCAGAGUGUAGAUGAGCCACGUCGUAUAAAACUAUUGACGGCAUUACUCAUGUUACAUGAGUAAGAGAGGCUCUCUUCAAGUCAUUCCAUAGCAUCUCUAUUGGGUUGAGGUCUGGGCU